ACCAUACUGUGUCCCUUUCAGAACCAGCUGAGUCCAGUACAGCCCAGCUGAGCCGAGAGUGUUAGCUAGCUGCUGUGUGCACCAUGGCAACAUGGUCAGAUCAGUUGGAGGAGGCGAGGCACCAGGCAGAGCUGAGUUUAUCAACGCCUGGGUCUUCACAAGAGGUGCGGGCGGGCGUGUCUACCAUGGCCAACAUCCCUCUGCCCCCGUCAACCAAAUACCGUUACAUCGCUGCCGAAACCAUGGUGAGAGAAAACAGUGGUGGAAGGAACAGGAAAGAGGCCUUAGGCUCUUUGCAGAGACUGUCCACAGCUCUCAAUAUUUUGGAGAAGUAUGGCUCCAACCUGACUAGCUCGAACAGGCCCAAAUACUGGCGUACUGUGAAGCACAACAACCCGGUGUUCAGGGCUACGGUGGAUGCUAUUCAUGGUGGGCGGGCUGUGCUCUGUCUUUACGGUUACACCAAUCAGCAGCCGGACGGCCUGAGUUUCCCUGACGAUAUCGUAGAGCCAGACAUUGCGAAGGUGGCGUCGGUGACUCUCGAGGUCAUGACUCUGCGCAUGGAACUGGACAGUCUUAUCAAGGGUGUCCACCCUCACGCUGAGUUCUUUGAGAGGAUUAUCCCUUCCCUCACGCAGAAGGAGGAUGAUGAGGAAAUCACUUCAGAUUCAGCAGGAGUGUCGCCCCUUAGUGAUAGAGCCUGGGAAAAACAGCUUCUGCCCACAGCCUCUCACUCCCAGUCCAAAGACCUCCCCGCGUUCUCCUCCUUUACCACAGCCAUGCACACAGCUGUUUCUGCCGAUAACUGCAGCAUAUGUGGGAUCUUCCCUGCGGCAUCCCGCUGCACCACGUGUGCGCAGCGCCUUUGCGGUGAGUGCGACCGACUCUACCACUCCAACCCAGCGCGGGCCACACACAGCAGGAUCUCGGUGGUCCCUGCGCGGCCCUCGAAGACGCACAGCGCGGCUCUGGCCACGUGGCAGUGUUCUUACUGCACGACGGUGAACACGCUGCAGCAGGUGCUGUGCGAAACCUGUGAGCGGCCCCGUCUGGCACCUGCUGCCCCCUCUGUCCAGGAGGAGCCACUGCAGCCCCCUACCAUAACUGAGUGGCAGUGCAAGAGCUGCACUGUGGUGAAUGCCUCCAGCAGCAUCCUGUGUGAGGUGUGUGAGCGCCCCCGCCUGGCCACUCGUCCUCCCAUCACCCCUUCACGACCCACCCCACCCACUGCAGGGAUGCUGGACAGCCAGUGGGUGUGUCAGUUCUGCACGUAUGCCAACCACACGCCGUCCUCCCGCUGCGAGAUGUGCGACCUCCCAAGGUCAGACCCCGCCCCCUCGCCUUCCAAGCCCCUGCCGCCCUCUCCAGUCAAGGAGUUCCCUUCGCUGCCAGUCAAACCCAGAGUCCCGCCCACGGAGGACCCGGAGGCGAAGAGGCAGCGGUUGAUGCAGGAGCAGGGGCUCGCGCUGAUCCAGAUGAUCCGAGAGGGCGAGAUGAAGGGUGUGACCCCAGAGGAGGUUUACACAAGCCUGCAGGUGGGGGCCAGCAGUGCGCCGUGUGUCUGGCUGAGGGCAGAACUGCCCCACAGGCUGGAUGAGAUCUGCGCCAUGGCCGCCUCCUCCCAACACAGUGCGGGUGGCGGCCCGGACGGCCUAAAGGGCGGCGCCGUGCCCUUGUCCCGUGCCGAGGCCAAGCACGCCUGGCUGACAGCAGGGGGCGACUGCGAGCGAGCCGCCAGGCAGGCGCUCAGGGACCGCAGGGCAAAAGUGAGGGAGCUGGCCUCUCUGGGCUACGCUGACCCGGCCGCCUGUGAGGAGGCCUUGAGACAGAGCGGAGGGGAGGUGAGAGGGGCUUUGGUGCUACUGCAGCGCCCCCUCCUGGAGACCUUCCACAAGCGCAUGUGGAGUGAUGAGCCCGAGCCCCCCAUCGACAUCAACCACCCGGACAAGCAGCAUGUGUGCCGCAGGCUGCUUGCUGUGUACGAUCUGCCCAGCUGGGGGCGCUGCGAGCUGGUCCUGUCACUGCUGCGCGACCCCACUGCCCCCUACACGCUGGAGGAUGUGGUGCAGGCCGUGCGUGAGUCACACGACCGCGACUUCAUACGCCGUGUGCUGACCAAGGAGUGCCCCAUCUGCCUGUCUGUCUUUCCCCACAGCAAGAUGCAGUCUCUGACAUCGUGCCAGUGCUCAGUUUGCUCGGGCUGCUUCAAGCAACACUUCACCAUUGCCGUGCGGGACAAGCACAUCCGAGACAUGGUGUGUCCCGUGUGCUGGGAGCCCGACAUCAAUGACCCCGAGCACUUGAACAGUUACUUCUCCACUCUGGACAUACAGCUGAGAGAGUGCCUUGAGCCGGAGGUGUAUGAGCUGUUUCAUAAGAAGCUGACCGAACAGGCUCUCAUCAAAGACCCAAAGUUCCUCUGGUGCAGUCACUGCUCGUAUGGUUUUAUCUAUGACGGUGAUCAGCUCAAGGUCACCUGUCUGCAGUGCAGAAACAGCUUCUGCGCUCAGUGCAAGAAACCUUGGGAGGCCCAGCACACAGGUCUGUCCUGUGAGCAGUUCCAGCUGUGGAAGAGGGAAAAUGACCCGGAGUACCAGCGGCAGGGAUUAGCAGGGUACCUGCGGGACAAUGGCAUCACCUGUCCCAACUGUAGGUUCCAGUACGCUCUGGCCCGUGGUGGCUGUAUGCACUUUAGCUGUUCUCAGUGCCGCUACCAAUUCUGCAGUGGCUGCAACAACCCCUUCCACACGACGUGUGCUGUAGCCCAGUGCACUGUGACAGGUCUCCAUGCCCAUCACCCGAGAGACUGCCUCUUCUACCUCCGGGACUGGGAGCCUGCCAGACUCCAGGCCUUACUGCAGAAAUACGGGGUGAAUUAUAAUACGGACCCCCCUCCAGGGACACAGACAGGUGUGUGUGGUGUGAUCGAGCAGAAGGAUGAAGGGGCUCGUCAGACAGACUCUGCGUGUGGGGCUCAGUCACAACCAGGCCAGGCUGGCCUCUGCGAGAAGCAUUACCGUGAGUACCUAGUUAGCCUCAUCAAUGGUCACUCUAUUGACCCUGCCCCUCUUUUCACUGCCAAUGAGCUGCUCCUGGCCUGCAGAAGAUACCAAGUGGAAUUGUCUAGGGGGGAGGGGGAAGAUGACAGGAUGCACUGCACUCGACUACUGAAGAAACUAAUGGAAGAUGUUCCUCUAGGCGAUAAGGUGCCCCGGAAGAAGUGAGAAAUAGUUUUAUCCACUGGUUUUAACACCCCCCCCCCCCCCCCCCCCCAUUAAUUUGUGCACCUGCAGCUCUGAGACUGAAGUGCUGCAUAAAGUCUCCUGCAAGAACACCAAAUCUCAGUGACGUCAGCAGGAGGAACAUAGCCCGACAUGUCACCGCCAGCGUGCAGUGUUUUAAAUGCCUUUUAAAUGAGUCCGCAAAUGACACACACCUUUGUGUGAUUUUACCCUCAUUUCCAUUUCUAGGUCUUAGACAAUCUUUAUGUGCACUUUAUUUCCACAUCUCGGAAGGCCAAAGCAGAUAAUAUCAAUGAGCGGUAAGGAAGGUAUUCAGUAAUUUAUUGGCACCAUUUUAUUAGAUCGAUGCCAUGCUUUUUUUGCAGUCUACUUCCUAGUGAUUUUCAUGCUUUAAAGGAGUAUAGCAAAAAAAAGUGAAUUAAUAAUAGUACAUUAAAUCGGAUGGGACCUGUUUCAUUUUGGAAAUGCCGAAUGAUCCCUAUUAGCUGUAAUUAAACUGCCAUCUGUUGUGGCUCUUUCGGGGGAUGAGUUAAUGCCCUUGUAUUCCUAGACUUGUGUACAUAAACUGGAUCAUGAUGUCAAGGCGAGGAGAUGAGUUUCACUGGACAUAACUAUUUUUAUUGCCUUUCUUAUGCAAUAAUAUGCUGUAAACUAAAGCUGCCCAUCUUUAAGGCUCUGCAGAAUAAACAUCGGUUUUAAAGAUGCAUUAAAGUCGUUUAUUAAACACGC